UGGGAGGUGCCACACAAUUUGAGCUGCUCUAGCAUAAGGGUAACACUGACUCAUAAAUGACAUAUACAUACGUAUCAUAAUACAAAUAACAACAGAGAGUUCAGUUGUUUUUCAUUUGGGGUUAAACGUACAUAACCCCGGAUGCUCUUCCUCUCCAUAAGAGGAGAGUGGGUAUUAAUAUUACUACAUGUCAGGUGUCAGAUAUUAAUAUGAAUGUGUGCAGAGAGCAGCCAGUCGGGGGAGGUGGAGAGGAGGCUGGCAGAGAGCGAGAGAAUCCACACCUCUCAACUCUCUCUUCUUCAGCAGCAACUCCAGCUGGAGACCGAAAAGAGAGAGAUGGCAGAGAGGUUGGUGAAAGAGGUGAGGUCAGAGGUGGCCAUUGGAAUGGAGGAUGUCACUCCAUCUCUACCCUCCUCUCUUCCUGGAGAGGAGAAGACUCUGGUGAACUACGUGAACAUGGCUGUUACCUGGGGCCAGCGACUGGUUCGCAAUCCAAAUAUUGUGCUGACCAGACUGCUGCGAACUACUCCACAGACAAAACUAUUUUUUCUGGCCUACUUCAUUCUCCUACACAUCAUCCUCCUUUUCAUCCUCAUCCUAUAAAACGCAAAGUUCCGGACUCUUUUGUGUAUUUCCGUAAUUUUCUGGGCGUUGUCCCCAAACGUUUUCGUAGUCUUCGUAGUCUCUCCGCUUAUUCCCGCACAUUGGGCGUGGUAAUUUCGGCUCAAUUAGCACGUUUUACGCCUCACGUGGUUAGCCAAGCAGCAAGGAGCUAUAUAGCUAGCUGGAUAGCUAUAUGCAAGGUGUGUGAGUUCUGUUUGAGGGAGAAAAGCAUGGCGCAGCCGGCAUAUCCUUCUCUGGAGCCAGAGGGCGGGAAGAUCGGGUUCGAGGGGCUCGCACCUGAGGGCGAUCAGCGAACAGCUGCAGGCAGUUUCUCGGUGCAGUUCACCCCGAGCGCCGGAGACAAGCAGCAGCUGAACGACGAGACGCAACCUUCGUACAAGACUUUCGAGGCAGGGGGCGAGCCGCCGACCCAGGCCAGCAGCGAGGAGAUCAAUCUCUUGGAGAAAGGGACGACCCAGUCCGAGGCUGAGAAGAAACACAAGGAGCAGACUGUUCGUUUCGACGAUGACAUCCGGAGAAUUGACUUCAUCCUGACCUACACGGACGACAUCUCGGACCCAAAGAAGAAGAAGAAGAAGAAGGGGGGAGAUGUAGAGGACGAGGAGGACGGGGCGGGACCUGUGCAGGACGAUGAUUCCGAACAGAAGAAGGAGAAACGGAGAGCCAAGCGACAGAAGUUCUUGGACUCUUGCGUGGAGCUGGGUCUGCAGUAUGAGAUCCAGGACUGCAAGGUACGUAUAUACAACACUAUGCAUGUCUUGUACACAACUGUAUCAGUGAUACAUAAUUCGGACAGUAAUGGGAAUUAA